UGUAAAUAUAUAUAUAUAUAAUAUAUAAACAAAUUAAUAUAUCUAUUAAUUUAUAUACAUAUCACUGUGAAACGAGCGGUGAGAGGAAAAUGUACCAUCGGGGCUGGUCUCUGAUUGUGUGAUCGUAUACAAUAUUUUCAAUAUUAUUUUAUUUUAUCUUCUACGUCAAGAGGAAGGAAGACUACGUACUAAUUUUUUGUUUUCCUGUUGCUACUUCCACCCUCCUCGCUCUUUUUUCUGUCAUCUGAGGGGAAUGAAGAGAGGAGAGUAACAGGAUUUGGAGAAAAAGGGAAAAUCUGUCGAAUUGCUGUGAUUAGUGUUAUUUUUGUCGGUAUUAGCAUUCUGCGAGCCGAUCGCAGCGUGCUGCGUGUGAUUUGAGGAGGCAGCAGAGAGAAAGUGCCACACCACGCCGCUCAGCCAGCCCAGCGCCAGCCCAGUCAGCCCAGUCAGCAUGCACAAACACCACCACUGCUGCAAGUGCCCAGAAUGUUACGAGGUGACCCGCAUGGCCGCCCUGCGCAGGAUGGACGCCCCUCAGUACCAAGAAUGGCAGGCCGAGCCCUAUGGAUACCCGGCCGGGUACGGGCCCGGAGGCGGGCAGACCUUACCCCAGCCUCCAGCCUCAGGGGGAGGAGGAGGAGGAGGAGGCAUGGGAGGAGGAGGGGGUACUCUGGGGAGAAGUAAAGGCAAGAUGACGUCUGCCGGGGGUCCCGGAGGCCCAAACCCCAAGGGCCAAUCCAAGGGCGGCCCCAAGGUGAAUGGCAACAAUUCUGGUGGUCAAGCAGGUUGGUGGCCGGAGUGCACCUGUUCCAACCGGGAGUGGUACGACCAGGCGAACCCUCCCCCCGUCAUCGUCAACGCAGACUCACUGGAUGCAGGCCCUUAUGUAAAUGGCAGUGAUGGGAUGUAUAAAUAUGAAGAGAUCAUCUUGGAGAGGGGUAACUCUGGCCUGGGCUUCAGCAUCGCUGGGGGGAUGGACAAUCCACACAUACCAGAUGACCCAGGGAUCUUCAUCACCAAGAUUAUCCCUGGAGGAGCUGCAGCUAUGGACGGCAGGCUGGGGGUGAAUGACUGUGUGCUGCGUGUGAACGAGGUGGAUGUGUCUGAGGUGGUCCACAGCCGGGCGGUGGAGGCCCUGAAAGAGGCUGGCCCUGUGGUCAGGCUGCUGGUCAGGAGAAGACAGGCCCCUCCUGAGACCAUCCUGGAGAUCAACCUGCUGAAGGGGCCCAAAGGCCUUGGCUUCAGCAUUGCUGGGGGGAUCGGCAACCAGCACAUCCCUGGAGACAACAGCAUCUACAUCACAAAGAUCAUCGAGGGCGGGGCCGCGCAGAAAGACGGACGGCUGCAGACCGGAGACCGCCUGCUAGCUGUGAACAACAUCAUCCUGCAGGACGUGCGUCACGAGGAGGCGGUGGCGGCGCUGAAGAACACCUCUGACAUGGUCUACCUCAAGGUGGCCAAGCCCGGACCUGUACACCUCAACGACAUGUACGCCCCUCCGGACUACUCCAGUACCUUCCCCACCAUGGUGGACAACCACGUCAGCCACAACUCAGGCAUGGCCUACAUGGGAGCUAUGGAGCCCAAGCCCGUCUACAGCCAGCCCCCCCAGGUCACACCCUCCAGGUACUCCCCAGACCCCCGUCACAUGCUGGGGGAGGAAGACUUCACCAGUCCCGCAACGCGCCCUGACGCUGUCGCUCUGUUUGGCAGGGAGCCGCGGAAGGUGCUGCUGCACAAGGGCUCCACGGGGCUGGGCUUCAACAUCGUGGGCGGCGAGGACGGAGAGGGCAUCUUUGUCUCCUUCAUCCUGGCCGGAGGACCAGCAGACCUGAGCGGAGAGCUCAGAAGGGGAGAUCGCAUCCUCUCGGUGAACGGGGUGAACCUGCGGAACGCCACCCACGAGCAGGCAGCUGCAGCGCUGAAGAGGGCCGGCCAGACCGUCACCAUCAUCGCCCAGUACCGACCAGAAGAGUACAGCCGGUUUGAGUCGAAGAUCCACGACCUGAGGGAACAGAUGAUGAACAGCAGCAUGAGCUCUGGGUCGGGCUCCCUGCGCACCAGUGAGAAACGCUCCCUCUACGUCAGAGCUCUGUUUGACUACGACCGGACCAGAGACAGCUGUCUGCCCAGCCAGGGCCUGAGCUUCUCCUAUGGGGACAUCCUGCAUGUCAUCAACGCCUCCGAUGACGAGUGGUGGCAGGCACGCCUGGUCACGCCCCACGGGGAGAGCGAGCAAAUCGGGGUCAUUCCAAGCAAGAAGAGGGUGGAGAAAAAAGAGCGAGCGAGGUUAAAAACAGUCAAGUUCCACGCCAGGACGGGCAUGAUCGAGUCCAACAGGCAGUCAAUCAAAGUAAAGCGCAAAAAAAGCUUCAACCUCUCACACAAGUUCCCGUUUUACAAGAGCAAGGAGAAUAUUGUGCAGGAGUUGGUGGAGUCUGAACAAUGCCUGACGUCAAACACCAGCGACAGUGAAAGCAGCUCAAAGGGCCAGGAAGACACAAUUCUCUCAUACGAGCCAGUGAUUCGACAGGAGAUUCAUUACACGAGGCCUGUGAUCAUCUUGGGCCCAAUGAAAGACCGAGUUAACGAUGACCUGAUUUCAGAGUUCUCUCACAAGUUUGGCUCCUGUGUUCCCCACACGACACGUCCUCAGCGGGAGAAUGAGAUGGAUGGACAGGACUACCACUUUGUGGGCUCGCGGGAGCAGAUGGAGAAGGACAUUCAGGAUAAUAAGUUCAUUGAGGCAGGCCAGUUCAACGAGAACCUCUAUGGGACCAGCAUCUUGUCUGUCAGAGCAGUGGCUGAGAGGGGAAAACACUGUAUCCUGGACGUGUCUGGAAAUGCUAUAAAGCGACUGCAACAAGCACAACUUUAUUCGAUUGCAAUUUUCAUCAAACCAAAAUCCAUUGAAGCUCUUAUGGACAUGAAUAAGAGACAGACUUACGAGCAAGCUAAUAAAGUCUUUGAUAAGGCAAUUAAGCUUGAACAAGAGUUUGGAGAAUUUUUCACAGCCAUUGUACAGGGUGACUCGCUAGAGGAGAUCUACAACAAAAUCAAGAUGAUCAUUGAGGAACAGUCGGGCCCCUACAUCUGGAUACCUUCUUCAGAGAAGCUCUGAGCACCCAGCUUUACCCCUCUGUCGGCACAGUGCCCCCCCACCCCUCCCGACACCCUGCCCAUCCCCGGAAUAGCUCCUCCCUCCCCCUUUUUUGCAGAUAUGUUUCAUAUCAAGUUUUAGUGUCAUCAUUAUGUUAAUCUCAAAUGAAAAGAAGUCUUAUCACCAUUACUGUGACUGUGCACAACCCUGCAUGUGUUUCUCAGCAAAUCCAUUCAAGACUGGAAAUGCCAUUCCAAGUGAGUUUGUCAUUUAAAACAAAACAAGGGAAAAUAAAAAUGAAUCGUUCUUUGUGAAAUGGGACUGACAGUUGAAGAUCAGAAUGUUUUACAGACGACGCCGGAGUGAGGAGGAGUUUGGGAUUCAGGAGAAGUUGCAGGGGAACGGAGACAAAUCAUACAAGUUGGAACACUUUGUAAAUGUUCAUCAAAUCACAUUUUAAAAAAGACACGCAAGAUGAGAAGCAAAGACCACUUAGGUUGUUUUUUUCUACAAGGACUGGAUAAUAUCAAGCCCAGCUGGUGGUACUGUUGGAGUUAGCUCUCUUCUUUGUAAUUACUGAAGAAAUUGGUGGAGAAGCCUACAGACUGGUGAUCGAUCACAAACCAGCUUGCUGUUUGAUCAGCUGCCAGUUGUUGGUGCUGCAGCAGCUGAUACAGACCUCUUGGGAGGCAGAACAAAUGGAGGAAAUGAGUUAUGAAUCUCUACAUUUAUAUAAUGAAAUCACAAGGUCAAUUAUCAAAUCCUACUGCGAUUUUACUACAUAUUAAAAACUACACGUUUUACACUUCACUAGAAUUGUCUACUUGGAGGGCUGUUAGAUUUCAUUUCUUUUGGGUUUUUCCGUGGGAUUUUUUGCUUGUGGUUUUUAGCUGCUUUGUGUAAAGGAUGGGGGUAGAGAAGUGUAACGGGGCUCUCUGCAAAACACCAAACUGCCUUAUAUCAAAUACAAAUUGUUAUAUUACUACCUGUACUUUGUGAUGGAAGCUACAAAUAAUUGACAAGGAAAAAAGAGGGAACUUUUAUUUUUAAUUUUCACUUUUUCUGCGUUGCCCUCCUGACUUCCAGGAGGCCUAACUUGUGAGUGCAAUAGACCGAACGCAGUCUCACCUCUGUGGAUUCCUAUCUUCCCCCUGUAUUUUUUUUUUACUCCUUUCCUGUUGUAAUUUAAGAAUUUAUUGGAAUCUAAUUUGGGCAGCCAUAGCUCCCUCACCCAUGUUGAGCAGCAGACCACCCUAUUACACUCUCUACCUUCCAAGAUGAGUGUCUCUUCUGAUUGAAUGGUCACAUGGUACUGUCCUCUAUAUGCCAUCAUGAAGGUGGCCUUAAAAACGGGUAGAACAAGACAAUAAUUGUAUUGGAUGUCCUAACAAUUAAAGAGUCAAUUUAACCUGCUUUUGGAUUGUCCCCUUUCCCCCCACCCAAAAGAACACUAAAGAGGGGUUUAAUUAAAACCUAUAUGCUCUGUGUAUCUAUAAAGUUUUUAAAUCCUUUUUGAAUUAGUUCUGGGCAUGUGUUGAACCACUGUUAUAAUAAUAAUAUGCCAUUUAGCAGAUACUUUUAUCCAAAGCGACUUACAGUCAUGAUCCUAAUGGUAUGUCUGGGGUGAGCUAGAUCAGCUCAGGAAUCUAACACACAGAUAUAAUUUCCCCUGUGACUGAAAUGCCAUGUUUGAAAGGAGACCUGGAGAGUUCAAAGCUGUUAAAUGUGAAUGAAAGAGUAAUUGAAUGAACGGUCUGAGCGAUUUUAAAGGCAUUUGCAUUGAACUAUUUAAUAUGCAGAUAUAAUAUGUCUAUCUUAUGAUGCGGUGAAGCUUUGUGAAGACCACUUCUGUGGUAAACCCUUGCCUGAGUUGGCUGUAUGGAUUCAACAGGAUUAAAAUGACCCGCCACCAUCUCCCUUUGCGGAUCUUGUCUUGGCACUGUGUUUGUGUACAUGUGAGGGGACGUGUCUGACUUGUUGAAGAAUAAGGAAUGCUGUGGCCCCCUACCUUGUGAACAUUUGAUUUUCCACCUUUUUUUGGAAGAGGGGAAAGGGUUUUCCUCCGAUGCCUGAGAGCCGGACCAUCUUCUGUAUGCCCACAGGAAGUUGUCACCUAGCCCUCUGGGUCCCCUGCUUCCCCCUAAAGCACCUGUACCUGAAGGCAUUUUCUGAACAGGUGUGCCCACCUGCCAGGCACCACUGCUAAACCAGCUGUCAUUACCUGUGUCAAAACCAGAGUUCAGGGAAUAACCGAAGGGAACAGAGCCAUUUAUAAACUGCAUACAGACUGUUUCAAAGGGUGUGGUAGCUGUCAAAUGUAAAUAUGCCCCCAGCAGAUCUCCCUCACCUGUGCUUCAUGCAUGUGUGAAACAAACUGGGGGAAAACACGUUUUAUAGAUCACAAAUGUCAGGUAAGUAAAUUGAGCUAUUCUGAGAUAUAAUUUCCAUACAAAUGUGCCGUAAUGUUGGUAUUUCUCUAGACAAAUCUUCAGCUGCCUAUUGGGUUUUCUUUUCUUGUCAGUUGGGAAUUUAAUUCCCUCAAGUAGGGCCUGUCUACAUGUUAUUUCUUGUGGAAAAUGGUGUCUGGGUGUAUAGAUUAAAACAAUUAUGUGAACAAUUAUGAAGAUGAGACACCGGCAGCAACCUACAAGGUGAUAUUCCAGAAACCAGGAGGAGCAUUGAUCAAUAUCUCAUUUAGAAGUUUUAGAACUGGUCCUCAGCUGUGUUUCAACUAAACACCAGACUGUUAACGUCUGGUAUUUAUACCUCUCGGUCAGCCAUGUCAAUAAAGCCCAAAGAACUUGAUUUACAUUUUAUUAUUUCCAUUGAGGUUGCGGUAUAACAAGAUUGAACCUGAAUGCCUCUGUGUUUGUAUAAUUGAUGAGGGUCUUUGUUCCAGUGACAGGGACAUGAGCUCUGGGGGGUCGGUCGGGUUAUGGUUUGUCCUUUUGGGUGAUGAGUUGUUUGUGACAGCACACCUGUGCAGUAAGUGCUUGCGAACCCUUUGAUUGUACAGUAGUUUCCUUCCUGUCACACCGCAGGUGUUCGAGCCUAUCAGGACGCUGGGCCAAACGGUCUUCCCUGUCCUAGUCAUGAGGGAACACAGUUCUGCAACCUAUUUUGUUUGGGAUUUUGGACUGGACAAGAGUUUAUUUGUUUGAAAAUAAUAAAAUAUGUGACUCGGUUA